AUGUUGCUUAUGAGACGCUUUGCCUUUUUAACUUCUUCAGUAUAUUUUAAAUAUAUACCAAUUUAUUCACAAUAUCAUUACUCUUCUCAGUUUCCAAUUAACAUGAAUCCUAAAAAAGUGGCCCAAUUGCCCGUUCACAAUAAAUCAACGCUUCCACCACAGGAAAUAAUCGAUCUUUUUAAAAUAACAUUCUUAGAAGAGCUAUAUCCAAAAGAUCAAGACAAUGAAAAGUCACCGUUAACUGAACAAAUACAGGCGGUAAAAUCUGACCUUUAUAACAGAGAUUACAAUGCUGCUUUCAAUAACGACUCGAAAAGAAUAGCAUAUUGUUGUCGUUGGUCACCGUCCAGAGCAACAAGUUACGCAUCAGUAUUUGCACAUUUCCCUGAGCUUCUAAAGAUUAUCAGAUGCGAAAUUGAUGACAAGGACUCAAAUGUGCUCUGCAUAGGUGGCGGCGCUGGUGGUGAGCUGGUUGCAUUAGCGAGCAUAUUCACUUUAUCGAGAGAUUUUUCGUCUAAAUUUGCCUCUGCUUUGAAAAUAGACAACGAAGUAAACAAAAAGCCUAGAAAUUUAAACAUACAACUAGUAGAUAUCGCCGACUGGUCCACAGUUGUUGAAAAGCUAACAGCUACAAUAAAGUCGAAAUGGCUAUAUGGUGAUUCAGAAGCAGAGUCAUUUAACGUCAACUUUACCCACAAGGACUGCCUACAAAUGACAGAGCCACAAGAUAUCAAGAUAUAUCAAGGCCUCGACCUAAUAACUCUACUUUUUACUACAAAUGAACUAUUUACACAGAAAAAAGUGGAGAGUAUAAAAUUUCUGCAACGGUUAAACGAGAACUGUGCCCCAGGCUGCCAUCUUCUCAUACUAGAGAGUGCAGGAAGCUAUUCUCACAUUACCAUCAACAACAAGAAGUUCCCAAUCCAAUUUCUUAUCGAUACUAUCUUAGUAGGCAAUAGAAAGGACAAGGGAACGACAGGUCCAUGGUCACUAGUAUCCGAGAACGACAGUAUUUGGUAUAGAAUGGACCCAAAACUCGACUACUCGAUUCCAUUGGAAAACAUGCGAUUCUUUUACCGUCUUUAUGUCAAGAACUAA